CAACGAGUGAAUACACGAAAAUUUACAACACAAACCGGUCUUAUAGCCGUGAAUUAAAAUAUAAAAAAAUAUUAAUUCAAAGUAUGUAAAAGUUGGAAUUUUUUUUUCACAGAAAAUUUGAAAGAAAAAUUAACAAAUUUUUAAAUGGAAGAAAUUGCUGCAAAUUUCAUCACGUAAAAAAAUUUAAUAAAAUAAAGUCAAGACAGUCAAGUCAGCAAUAAUAAUAAUAAUCGUGUGUGCAGAUGAAAGAAGAGGGAAAAAAAAUCUGCCAGAGAAUUGAAAGUGAAAACACAGCCGAUGAAAAGUGAAGUUCUGCCGACUUUUUUCGCAUUGGCAGGAAUUUCUUUACUUUCCUUAAACUGAAAAUACUUUUUUUUGUUGUUGCAAAUUUUUUAAACUCUAUUUUUAAAAGCAAAAAAAUAAUUUUUUUUGUGAAAUUAAAAAAAUAAAAAAUUUGUGACGAUUUUGCAAAGUAAUAAAAAACAAUAAAAGUGAAUGUGUGUGAAUGAAUGUGAAAUAAAAUAUAAAAUUUAAGAGAAUAAAGUAAAUAAAUAAACUCAACUGUUCGUGGCUCGUUAUCAAUGCAGAUAAAUUUAAAACACAACAAAUUGUGAAGAAUUUUAUUAAAAAUCUAAAAAAGUUUAUCUAAAAUUGAAAGAAAGUCAUCAAUAUAUAAAAACUAAUUUUUAAAAACAAUAAAAUAAUCAAAUUUGACACAAAAAAUAAAUCAAAUUAAUCUACAAAAAAAAACUAAUCACCUCAAAAAAAAUUUAAUAGUCUGAAAAAUAAACCGAAAAUAAGUGAAAAAUACAAAUUUUGAAAAAACCUCAAAAAGUGCGACAAAAAUACAAAUUUAUAAAACAAUUCAUCGAAUAAUUUGAAAGAAAUUUUCAAAUUCCGCAAAAAUAUAUUUCUACAAAAAUAAAGUUCAAAUAAUUUCAAAUGUAUCAACAUCCAUUAUUGCUAAUGGCACCUCGUCGCGAUAGCACCGAUACGAUAAUGUCAUCAACAAUGCAACCAUCAUUUCAAUGCUGUUUACCAGCUGGUGAAUGCUUGAAAAGCAACUCUUUAGACUUUGGUCUCAUCUCAAUGGAUCAUCUCCACGAUUCAGUCAAAAUAAUCUGUACAAACGAGAACUGUGCAGCUGGUCAGUAUAUGCAUGCAGAAUGCUUCGAACAAUGGGAACAGAGUGUCCUCAGUUAUCUCAAGUCAAUUGGACGUGCACGAUCAUGGUCAGACAAGCAAAGGCAACAGAAUUUGUGGACAAAGAAAGGCUACGAUUUAGUCUAUAAAGUAUGCGGAUGCAGAUGUGGUCGUGGACAUAUUAAGAAAGAUCUCGAUUGGUCUCCACCAAUUACAGCUACACUAUUUGGUGUCCCUAAAAUGGACGAUGAAUGUAACAAGAAGAAAAAGAAGAAGAACCGAAAUAAUCAGAAGCCAUCAUUGGCAAUAACAUCGACGCCAAAUACUGCGCCUCAAUCAAAAUUCGGCUCGAGUAUUGUCGAUAAAGUUUGUAGCAUAUUGGAUCAACAGUUGUCGGUCUCAACACCACCACAAUCAACAAUUCGUGGACGCGCUGGCAGUCUCACAUCAAGCAACGGCUCAUCAUCACCAGCUUCAUCCGGAAAUGAUGAUUUGAGUGCCAUUUCCGUUUCACCAAUUCAAAAUCAUCGAGCUAUUAUCAAGCGCAGAUAUGUCGAAAAUGCUGAACUUUACUCUGAACGUAUCCGCACAACAUGUGGCUCAAAUGGUAUUUUCUCUCGCCGAUUGGACUUCUCAUUGUACAAUAUAAUGCCGAAAGCACGAAUAAAUUCAAUUGAAGUUAAGAUUGAAGAUGAAGGCAAGCAUGGAAAUGACGACACACGAAUGUUUGUGCUUUCGUCAUUGGCAGCACACAAGAAGACACAUAUGGCAUGUAUUUUGUGUAAGGAAAUGAUGAUGGUAUACGAUCGAUAUCCAUUAAUCGAUGGAACAUUUUUCUUAAGUCCGAUUCAACAUUCAAAGGAUUGUAUUGAGACAAAAUUCGAAGGACGAACCUGCUACUUGACAUCCGUCUGCAUCGAAUGUCUCGAUGGUACCAUUCCAGAAAAGAUUUUCCGUUGCCGAUUCUGUGUUGAGAAGUGGGACGGAUCGGCACUCGUUAUGGGAACGAUGUAUUCGUUUGACAUUUUUGCAGCAAUGCCCUGCUGUACGGAACGAUUGAAGUGCAACAAUUGCUUUAAACUGCUUUUACAUCCACAUCAACGAUUAAACUUCUUCAGUGACUACACACACUCCGUCUCAUGUCCAUACUGUCAAUCACAAGAUACUCAUUUCGUGAAGCCAUUGAACUACUGUUACACCAACAAACCUCUCCAGCAAUUCCAGCAGUGGCCAUGACAUGAGGCCACGUUGGACUCACCAAAGUCCUCGACAUUGGCAUCGCCGAAAAUCGGAAGCAAUGAAUCCGGUUAUAUGUCGUUGACAAAUGGUGAAUCUAACGUAAUGAGCAGCAGCAGCAAAGCUAGUUCGAUUUGGGGUGAUAAGUCAUUGUGGAAUCUAUCAAAUAGUCCAAAUUCAACAUCAUCAAUGCAGACAGCAAACAGUAGCAUGUGCAGCAGUGAUGGAAAAGAUUCAUUCUGGCAUUCAUCAACAUCAUCGCCGAUCUCAUCAGCAUCACAAUACAAUCAUUUAAAUUCCCUAUGGGGAUGUUCUUCAAUUAAGAGUGAUCCACAUGAGGAAUCACUCGGAUCCAUUUGGAAUAUUCCGCCAGCAACAUCAUCACCAAAAAUGCAUGAUUCAAAUUUUGAGGCACCACUUCCACCGCCUAUAAGUUACAAUCAGAAAACACAACCGCAAUUGUUGAGACCUCAGGACAUUGGCGGUAUGUCAUGGAGUGGAUUGUCUAGUGCAAAUAAUGGAAAUAACCAUAACAAUCACAUAAACAGCAACAACAACAAUAUGAAUAAUAAUAAUAACAAUAAUAAUAAUUGCAAUAAGAUGAAGGAUCCAGUUGGUGCAUUAUGGGCACAUCCAACACCACCAAACUUACCUCUUACACUUCAGGCACAGAACUACAAUUUGUUGUCGACAAACAGUAAGUUCCAAUCGCCAAUAAAGCCAAUGGGAAAUAACUUCAUGUCACAAAAUCCCAUGUCAUCGACCAUAAAUACACAGAGCUCUACCUCAUGUAAUAUGCAACUCCUUUCUGACGAUUUUCUCAGUUACUUCAGCAUGAUCAAUUAGUUUAAUUAUCAUUUUUAAAAAAGUCGUGUCCAACAAACUUUUGUUUGUCCUGCCGACACAAAUAAUUAAAAUAAUUAAUUUCAUUUUAUUUUGAAUUAAUUCAACUAAGCGAAAUUUAUUGAAUUGUUGAUUAGUUUUAUUUUUAUUUCAAUUUUUUUUUUACAUUAUUAUUUUUUUUUGAGUUUCUCGUUUUAUUUUGAAUUUUAAUCCCCCCAUGCUUUCUCAAUAAUUGUGAUUUAAUUCCUUGGAAGCAAAACAUAAUUAAUUGUCGAAAUUUAAAUUUUUGUAAAUAAGAAGAAAAAAAUUAAUUGAUGAUGAUUUUGUGUAUAAAAAAAAUUGAUGAAAUUCCUGUCAUUAAUUAAUUAAUUCAUAAGACGAUAUACAAUAUCAAUUUUAUAGAGAAUAUGAUGAAUUCAAGAGUUAUGGUGUGUUAUUAUGGUCAUAAUUUUAUUAUUCAUAUAUAUUAUAUUAUUGUAUUUUUGGGGGCGUCACUAAGGCACAUCCCCAAUGAAAUUAACUCUAAUUUUGUGAAAAAAAAAAAUCAUGAAUUUUUCUAAUAAGUAGUGAAAAAAAACGUAAAUUAUUUCAUAAUCAUUAUUAAUCCACAAUUUAUUUCCAACAAUCUUUUUGUUAAAUUAAAAGAGUUUAUUAAGCGAAAUUUAUUAUUUCACGUAAUUUAAAAAUAAUAUUAAAAAAAAUUUUAAAAAUAAAUGUAAAAAGAAGUGUAUAAUUAGAGCAAUAAUUGAAUUAUGAAAUUUAUUACCUCUUACAUGCAAAAAAAGAACAGAUUAGUUUCCUUAUGAAUGUAUACAAAAAAAUUAUAUUACAAUUUAAAAACGUUUUUAGUUUCAAUUUUUUUUUAUAUUUGAUUUAUUAUCGUCUCAUUUCUGACUUAUUGUGAAUUUGUGUAUAUCAAAUAAUUUUAAGAAAUUAAUGGAAGUUUUUCUACAAAUUAAAAAAAAAUUAGAAUUUAGGAAAUUUUCUACGAUUUGUCGCGAAAAAAAUUAAAGAGCUCAAAAAAAAUUUUAUAUAAAAAGCUCUUUUGUAGAUUUAUGUGCGAAUAAUCACAAGAAUUUUUCAAUAUCAAAAUGUAAAGCAGUGUGGAUAGAUUCGGAUUUAAGGCAUUUGGUUGUUUGAGGGUCUUGAGCAAGAUGCUGCUGGGUACCUAGCCAAUUUUUCUAUUUUUCUUGAUAUUUAUUGAUUAUCAAUUUAUACCAAGAAACUUAAAAUAAAGCAAAAUAUCAGCACAUUUCUUUUAAACCCCCCAACAACCCCCCUCUCAAAAAUUUUGAUAAUCAAAAUCGUCGUUUAAAAUUUUAAGGCGAUUAUUUCCAUGUAAAAUUACCAAAAGAGUCAAAGAAUUGAUGAUAAAAAAAUUAUUACGGAAAAGUAUUCGAUAAUAAUGAAAAAAUUUAUACUGAAUAUAAUUAAAGAUUUAAUUGGUUUGAAAUGAAAAGAAAUUUUUUAAAAAUUUAUAGAAAAUAAGGCAAAAAAAUGAAAAGAAAAUUUUUUUUUUCAUUUUUAAAAAUUCUCAAUGAAGUGUGAUAAUUUUUUAUACGCGAUUGUAGAUGUUAUGAUGAUAAGUAUUUGUUCUAUUUGGGAGUAAAGAAGUUGGAAAUUUGAGAAUUCAUAAAGUUGAAAUUUUUGUAAAAUUUUGAAGAA